AUGUCGCUGCUCGGCGCCCCGGCCCGUCUCCGUCCGCUCGUCGCAGCGAUCCGAACCGUCGGCAGGCGCUGGUUCCACAUCCAGCCAGCCGACGUUUCCUCCUUUCUCGCCGCGACGGGCAUCAAAGAGCUCGACGCGGUGUUCAUCAGCCGGGGUACAUCCCGUCCGCGCGACAACGACGCAUCUCUCGCCGUGCUCAUCCAGGCCGACCGGGACCCUCGACCCUGGCCACACGAUGCCGGCGCCGUCCAGAAGGCAUCCUUCUUUGGCCCGUCCAUCACGGCUGCCCCGGCACACGCUCUUGCUUCCCGCCGCGAUGGCGCAGGCGGACAGCUCGGACAGGGCGGGCUAGGGCUGCUGGCCCUGCGAAGAGACAAGCCCGACGAGGUACGGCAGAUCAGUAUACCCUCGAGCUCGACGAACAGCUUCGAUCAGGUCGAGGCAGAUCGCUUCGUCGCGUCGCUCGGCAUUGACAGCGCCACUAACCAAGAGGUGGCGAAGACACUGCGCGGGUUCUGGCAGCUCUUUGACCGGCACGAAGGGCUCUGGUUCACCUUCAAGCUGGCCCAGACCAAUGGCAAGGUCGAAGUCAUCGACCCGUUCCUCGAAUUCGACGACUUCUCCGUGCCGCGCCAGCCCCUCUUGCAAUCCUACCACGCCUCCCGACCGCUCGACGACAACACGCGCCUGGCGGAAAAGGGCGGACUCUUCUACCUGCCCCUGCCGCCCACGUUGCCCCGAGUCGGCAAGGUCGGCUGUUUCGGCUACGGCGCGGGAAACGCAAUGGCGACCAUGGACGGCCUCAACCUCGUCGGCGGCGGGCCUGCAAACUUCCUCGACGGGGGCGGUGGCGCCAACCGCCAGAAUGCCAGGCUGGCCAUCGAGACCCUCAACAGGCAGGCGGAGGUCAAGUCGAUCUUUGUAAACUGCUUCGGCGGCAUCACGCGCACCGACAUCGUGGCACAGGGAAUCGUCGACGCCGUCCGGGAGAAUGGCAUCAGCAAGCCCAUCGUCGUCCGAAUGAAGGGCACGGGAAGCGAGGAUGCGGCCAAAACUCUGAGGGAGUCCGGUCUCGAGUUUGCGUUCCACGACGACUUCCGAGAGGCGGCGGCACACGCGGUCAGGGCGGCUGAGGACGGCCAUCUGUAG